AUGCGCGUAAACGGACUUUUAUCUAGUGUUAUCGGCACUCUGCUGCUGAUAGCGCUCUCAACUAUUUUUAUAUGUGAAUGUGAGGCUGCACUCAUGUCCAUAGACUAUGGCACGGACUGGUUCAAAGUGGGUUUAAUUAGACCGGCACAGUCGCUUGAAAUCGUACUGAAUAGUGACUCGAAAAGAAAAACACCAUCGAUAUUGACUGUGCGCGGUGACGUGAGAUCGUAUGGGCUCGAUUCCUACGCUCUUGGAUUACGGUAUCCGUUAAACACAUAUUUCAGCUUGAAGAAUGUCAUUGGGAAAACAUUUGAUGACGAAGAUGCCAAGCAGUAUCGGGAAAUGUUUGACAAUAAAAUGAUUGCAGAUCCCAUACGAAAUACUGUUGCAUUUCAACACAAUGAUACAACAGUUUUUGGUGUCGAGGAGCUAAUAGCUAUGCUGUUCUCUCGUGCAAAAGCACAAGCUGAACAUAUAGCGGGGGAAACUAUCAGAGAUGUUGUCAUAACGAUUCCUCCGUUCUUCAACCAAUUUGAGCGCCGAGCUAUUCUGGAUGCUGCGAAUUUAGCUGAUCUGAAUGUGCUUGAAUUGAUACAUGAUGAAACAGCUGUUGCCCUUAAUUACAUAUCGACGCGUGCAAAAUCGUUGACGGAACAACCCCAGUACUAUAUAUAUUAUGACAUGGGAGCUGGAAAUACAGUCGCAAGCUUGAUAUCUUUUAAGCGAGUUGUUGUCAAGGAAGGUCGAUAUGAUAGAACUGCGGUAGAUCUGGAAGUCAAAUCAAUCGGAUAUGAUCGAACGCUUGGUGGUCAGGCAUUCGAUAUGAGGCUACGCAAACAUCUGGCAACCGAAUUUGAGAAAGCGUACCAGGACAAAUUAACAACUUCCGUGUUUAGUUCACCGAGGGCAAUGAUCAAAUUACUUAAAGAAGCCAACAGAGUAAAAAAGAUUCUAAGUGCAAAUAAAGCAACUGUGGCCUCGGUCGAAAACUUGCAUGAAAAUCUUGAUUUCCGCAUUCGUAUAACUAGAGAAGAAUUCGAAUCAUUGAUUGAAGAUUUGGUGGUCCGUGUAAAUAAACCUAUUGAAAUUGCGUUGAGUAAAGCUCAAAUGACAUUGGCGGAUAUACAGGCUGUGAUCGUGGUUGGGGGAGGUGUACGUGUCCCCGCCGUACAAAACGCGUUGAAUAACGCUGUAGGAGAGGAUAAGAUCGCACGUAGUGUGAACGGAGACGAAGCUGCUGCUUUAGGAGCUGUGUUCCGAGCGGCAUCGUUGAGUCGCGGAUUUAGAGGCCAGGAGGUUAGAAUUAAAGAUAUCACUCCGUAUGCAAUUGAAGUUGGUUAUCCACCAGAACCACAAGAAACUCCCGAUGCAUUGGCUUAUCAAGCUUUGACGAUACGAUCUGACAAGUAUCCAUCGCAAAGCAAAGUCUUUAAUACAGUAUUCAAAGACCAAUCGCCGUUGGGCGCACGUAAGCUGGUGAACUUCAAGCGAACGAGCGAUUUUGAUUUCACCUUGAAAUACAAACAUGUCCUUGGUAGUGAGACGAACGUUAACCCUACGGAAAUUGCAUUGGCCAAAGUCUCUGGAUUAGCCGAUGCAUUAGCACAGUUCAAAGACGCGAAUGCCGCUGCCAAGCAUAAAAUUAGAGCUGGUAUACAGUUGUCAAACUCUGGUUUGGUUACUAUCAGUGAGGCCUUUGCCGAAAUCGAUGAACCCUCGUUAACAGAUAAAUUUAAAUCAUUUUUUGGAAUACAUUCUAAUGACACAGACGAAACAGUGAAAGAAGUUCCCAAUCCCGAGGAAAGUGCGAAUGAUUCUAACGAUGCGACUGAAAACUCAACGGCAUCUUCGGGCACACCCGAGACGCAGGAUACAGCUCAGACGAAAUUGGAGCCAAUAGGUCUAAAAUUAGACGUUGAAUAUAUUGGGAUUCCACCUAUGAAGGAGGACGAAAAGCAAUCAAUUAUUACCAGGCAAGUUCAACAAGAUGACACUGCGGUAUCACGUAAACACGUAAACGCCGAUGAAAUACGUAAAGCACGUGAGGAAGCUAGAAAUAGCCUCGAGGCGUUUACAUAUAGUCUUCAGAAUUUCCUUUACGAUGAUUUGGUUAUUCAAGUGAGUAAUGACGAUCAGAGAAAUGAAUUGGCAGAUAAACUGUCGAAAAUAUCUGAUUGGCUAUAUGAGGAUGGCGAGACAGCGCCAACGGAAGAGUUAAAAUCACGACUUGCAGAUCUUCGAGCGCUUGAAAAACCAAUAGCAAUGAGACGAACAGAGCUGUUAGAAAGACCAAAGCAAGUAGAGGCCGCCAGAGGCAUAAUCCAAGCAGCCCGUGAGUUGGUCACAAAGAUAACCGGCAUGAGUGAAGAUGAACGGUAUCACACCGAUGAAGAACUUCAGGAACUUACCCGCCUCUGUGAUAGCACUGAGGAGCAUCUCAAUCAUAGACUUGCUAAACAGUCCGAGAUUCCAUCAUGGGAUGAGCCUAGUAUAACUGUGGCCGAUAUAAAAAACAUGUAUCUGGAAGUAGAUCGUGGUGUCAAGGCAUUAUUGGGAAAAAAGCGGCCAAAUAAGCCCAAGGCACAAGCAACCACAGUUCCACCACCAGACGAGGGUUCAGACGAAGAUUCAGCUAAGGAGUCGGAAAGUUCAUCAGAUACUCAGGAAGAAACUGCCCCCACCGAAACACAAAGUUCUCCAACCCCGGAUUCACACGACGAGCUCUAA